UUAGAAUUGACUGUAAACACUCUCAAUUCACGAGCACAACACAAACGUUUUAUUCGUGCUUUCAUAAUGUUUACCAAGUUACAUGUAGGACUCACUUUGUGAAAGCAUUUUGAGCUUUAUAUUCUUGUUAUAAUAAUGGCCUUGUGCUUCAGGACUAUUGUGAGAGGAACUGUAAAUUUAUUGAGUUGUCGCGAUCCUCAGUUGGUGAAAACGUUUUGCAUAAGUGGGGUCGUCAGAUAUGGGAAGCAGCAGUGCAUAACGUUGAAGCAAAGUAUCCAACUGGUUUCGAUAAGACACAGUGCCACAUCAGCUUUGACUGCUUGUUGUUCAAAGAAGGUUGGUCUCCUCACCCGAUGGAUCCCACAGCUCAAGUCUUCAAGUAUCUUAAGAUUUGGUACCAAGUCAUCAAAGCCCCAGCUGAAUGGGAGUGUACGUCAUCAAAGUGGAGUAGCAGCUGAAGCACAGGCUGCUGGGCCAGUCAUCCCACCAUACGCCCAGAAGAUUGUAGGUGGUUGGUUGUUGGGAUGCUGCGGCAUGGUUGUAGGAGCGGUCGUCCUGGGUGGCGUUACAAGGCUGACAGAAUCAGGAUUAUCUAUGACUGACUGGCACCUUAUCAAAGGAAUGAAACCACCAAGGACUAAGGAAGAAUGGCAGGCUGAGUUUGAUAGAUACAAACAGUUUCCUGAAUACAAAUAUGUCCAUCGUGAAAUCACCCUGAGUGAAUUUAAAUGGAUAUGGCGAAUGGAGUAUGCUCAUCGAAUGUGGGGGCGCACCAUUGGCCUGGCCUUCAUUUUUCCUGCUGCUUAUUUCUGGAAGAAAGGUUGGCUGUCUAAAGGAAUGAAGCCUAGAGUCUUGAUAUAUGGAUCUCUUCUACUGUUCCAGGGUCUUUUAGGCUGGUAUAUGGUUAAGAGUGGAUUGAAGGAACCUCAACCUACAGACAUGCCAAGGGUCAGUCAGUACAGGCUAGCUGCUCACCUCGGAUCAGCGUUUGCUCUUUACUCUCUAAUGCUAUGGGGAGGAAUGUCGCAAGUAUUGCAGUACAGACCAAUUGCCAGUAGUAAGUAUCUACCAUUGUUGAGGAAGUGUGCACAUGGGACCAUGGCCCUGGUGUUUGUCACAGCACUAUCAGGAGCCUUCGUUGCUGGACUGGAUGCAGGGCUGGUCUACAACUCCUUCCCCAAAAUGGCUGAUAAAUGGGUUCCUGAUGACAUCAUGGCAAUAGAACCAAAGUACAAGAAUGUGUUUGAGAAUCCUACAACAGUGCAAUUUGAUCAUCGUAUACUGGGCACAACAACGGUAACGGCUGUUGCUGGGCUUUGGCUACUGGCUCGUAGGGUACCAUUACCGGCUAGAGCUAAUCUAGCAGUCAACUGUAUGCUUGCAAUGAGUGCUGCCCAGAUAACUCUUGGAAUAUGCACCUUAUUGUACUUUGUACCAACCAAGCUAGCCGCAGUUCAUCAGUCAGGAUCUCUUACAUUGCUUUCUAUAGCGCUAUGGUUUGCUCAUGAAAUCCGUAAGGUGCCUAAGUAAGCAACAGGGUUCUUCUAUCCCAUACAUCAACAAGGAAGCAGCUUAUGUCAUUAAAUGUCCACAGAUUCCCUUUGUUAUCUUUUUUUGAGAGUUGGUUUUACUUAACCCUUUGCAUGCUGCUGGUGCAUAUUUGCACCCACCACAAUGGGUGCAAAUAUAAACGAUGGGGCCGAUUUCGACGAUGACCUCAUUCUUAUGCAAGGAGGGGAACAGGGUAGAACAGUCCAAGGUGUUGGGGAUGCUUUUCGACAUGCUUUGGAAUGUGUAUUUAAUAAACUAUGCAUUAAAAAUUCAUCCUGUUUGAGUUAACUGGUUGCCAGUAUUAUGAUCUACAUUUGUCUUAUUUUGCAUUUUGCAAUAAAAUAAUUCCUUCACACAAAAAACGUUUUUUAGUACAAACGUGUGUAAUUUUAUUGAUUGUGCAAAAAGAUUCCAGCGGGCAGGGAAUAAUGUGUGUAGGAAAUGGUAGCAUAAAGGGUAAAAUGCAAAGUGUAUCUUUGGUAUUUUGAACCGUUUGAUUGUUAUAAUCCUUUAUAAACGUAGUUGUAUGCCAUAAAAAAAUUCUUUGCAAGUUUCAUUUCAAAAGAGGGAAGCUUUUUUGAGAUAUCGCCGAAAAUCUUUGCUGCCCAGGAAGAAAAAACUGUGAUGAAAUGUUUCAAAUCACUCUCGUUGAAACCACGUUCCUCUAAUAAUCGUUUUUUAUAAAGUGCUUUGAACACCUGAAGGGCGUCUCAAAGCGAUUCCAGCAUUAUGACCCCUGAUCACUGGGCCAUUAAAUUCAUUCCUUAAAUCAUCUUAGCUCCCUGGGGAGUGUAUACUCAACACAUCUGUGCUACUAAGCUAUAUCAGUCAUAGGAACCAUCUUUGCCCUCACAGGUACCCAAUUACUCCUGGGUGGAGAGAAGCAAUUAUACAUGUACAUGUACAUACAAGCACUCAUCUUUAUAUUAAGUAUCCUCAAUUAUACAUUAGUUUUAUUCUGAUAAAGUGCAACAUUACUGGUCUGUUUGUUUUGGGUGCAAAAUUUAUCUUUGAUGUCCAAACAUGUUUGGGUUCAAGGUAGCCACCGGCCAAUAUGGGCUUCAUAUUGAAGUCAAGUUGAAGAUGAAUGUUACACCUUCAUUUUAUUGGAAAAGUGUUAUUUUUUUGUAUUUUUUACAUGUGUUAUUCUGAGCUCAAAAUAUUCAGUGGACCACUGGACGGAGUCCCAAAAAAAGUUAUCCCUUGCCCAGUAGCUCCACUACAAAACAAGUCAGGCAAUCUACAAUCUAGGUUUUAUUUCAAAACGCAUACCUUGGAAGAUUUAUAAAUGUACUGAGGUUUAGCUUGGAUUGAAUUUUUGUUAAUCAGGAAAACAUGAGAAGUGUGUUCUCAGUCAUUAAAAACCUAGAGCCUAAAAAUACAAUGAGUCAAUUGCCACAUUCACAGAUAUAUGUAGUGUGUCUAAGUGGAAUGAGAGAAA